AUGAGUGAUGGAAGGCAAUCAAAUACACAUUCGAGACGUACGAAUUAUUCGUACAUCGAAGAACAAAAUGAACAACGUACGGAAUUAUUAAAUUCGAAAGUAAAUCAACUUAAACAUCUAGCAGUACAAAUUGGUGACGAAACAAAACUCCAGAAUAAAUAUCUACAGGAGCUACACGACAAUAUGGAUAAUACAGGUAGUCUACUUGGCCAAGCACGUCGUCGUGUUUUGAAUUUAGCUCGAUCUGGUGGUUGGAAAAUAUAUUUAUAUCUAUUACUUUUUGCUUUAUUCGUUUUUCUUGUUAUUUAUUUUCUUAUCAAACGUUAA